GUUAGAAAUCCACCGCACUGAACAUGCGGCCAACGUUGACACUUUCCAUUUUGAAAGAUCGGCGUGAAGGUACGCAAACUUGGUAAUACGGCAAUGAUCCGCUUCAAGACAACGGCAAUACUGGCUGCGCUGGCGCUCGGCUCAGCGCUUGGCGACACGUGCAGCCUGAUCAACGACGCCUUCUCCGCAUGCCAGCUCUCCGCCAUGUGCUCUCAGUGCGUCGCGACCUCGGGAUGUGAGUACAACCUCAUGGACGGCACGUGCACGACCGCGCCAGUUUCCAACUCGUCAGCGGCAACGACAUACUGCAGCGCUAGCGACAGCGUCUGUGCCUCCUGUACUGUUAGCUCCUCCAAGCCGACGUGCACCGGCGAGGACAGCACUUGCAUUUGUCCGUCACUUUGUGAUAUCGUGUCACCGGCUUCGUCUUCCGAUGAAUGUAGUAGUCGCAGCGGCGAUACUGCUGCCUCCACAAAAAGCGACAGCCAGGGCUUCGAUAUGAUGUACCUGGCCGUGGCAUUCGGCGCGCUAUGCAUCAUGGUCAUGCUUUACAUGCAGCGAAAGUGCGCAGAGAAACGUGGGGAACAUCAACUGAGCCUCGUCCGACAAGAAUUGGAGUCGAGGCGGGAGCAACGUCGUCGCGAGCGCGAGAUGCUCCGUGCGAGACGCCCCCAGCUGUCACUGAACUUGGAAACGUGGCGCGAUAACAUCGAGCUGCACAAACCACAAAUGUCUAAGGUCGAGCUCGAGACGUGCUACUACCUCAUGAUGCAGGACGACAAGAAAAAAGAUGGCAAAAAGAGCAGCGAACAGUGGGACAGUGCUUCGGAUGGAGAUGUGAAGGUUGGAAUAGGCGCAACUACGUCUCCAAUUGCCAGUGGAGUAUCGGAUCCAACAUCACUUCAGAGUCCUAUGCCAUCGAUGGCUCCGUAUUUUGCUAUGCGUGAGGAGUACCCGAGCAACACAAAGACGGACGGCUCUGACAGCGGUUCCGAAAUUGCUUCCAUAGCGGACGAGGACGAAGAGAAGUAUGAGGUUGCCAUCGAUGUUGAUCGUUCCGCUGCCAGGAGAUAACUUACUUUACGUUAUGGUGUGGUGUAAUUCUCAGAAAGUGAGAUUUUGGUCGAAGUUGCAGCAUCAGCUUAACUUGAUAUGAAAGCAAAAUGCUGGGUCACGAGUACUGUGCAUUAACUCCGUAGCUUGCGGGUUUUGCUUUGACUAUAGACACGAUACAUCCCUCGUCAGGAUGACUGAGCCCAAUGCUGCAACAGCCGAAGACAGCUUCAUCUGAUGCCUGAUGACGAGCUUUCCGGUGUUGCAGCGACAUAGUGGGCAGCUCCAGCGCAGCUGGAGUACACAGGAAAGCCGCCCUCCGUGGGACCACAAGCUGGCACGAAAUCAAAGUUAUACUCCCCACCGGGGAGUCCCCGGCUACGGCUGAGCGCUCGCUCAGCUAACUAAACGACAUUCAGCGUCGCUGAGUUGCCGGUUGAGUUAAAGUGGUGUAUUAAUAACGAUCAGGUUGACUGAAUAUGGUCCCAAAAAAAUGACUAAAUGUUUGAUCGGACCAAUCUGGUCA